AUGGGCUGCAUGGAAGAAAAGGACUCACGAAGUCCUGCCAGAGAAGCCGGACUAGAUCUGCCCCCACAGAAGAAAGCCUGUCUUUCCCACUUCAGCACAGAGCGUGGCAACAUUGAGGUAGACUGUACAGGGAAAAGCAAAAAGCCCUUGAAGCCCCGCUCUAUCCAGAAGUCUUGGUUUGUGCAGUUCCCAUGGCUGGUCAUGAAUGAGGAGCAGACGGCUCUCUUUUGCUCUGCUUGCCGCGAAUACCCAUCUGUCAGGGACAAACGGUCAAGAUUAAUAGAAGGUUAUACAGGACCAUUCAAGGUGGAGACUCUCAAAUACCACGCCAAGAGCAAAGCUCACCUGUUCUGCGUCAAUGCCUUGGCAGCACGGGACCCCAUCUGGGCGGACCGUUUCCAGAGCGUCCGAGAGGAAUCUGGAGAUGUCCUGGCCAGCCCUGAGCACCUCUUUACGGCAGACUAUCCCAUAUUGUACCCCCCGGGGCCUCUGGGAGCCUAUGAUAACAUGGCCCAGCUCCUGCCCAGCCCAAGAGCUGACCUGGAGGACCCUGGGGGGAAUGGAGCAUUUCCUACAUUGUAUCUAGACUGCAUUUCUGAGUUGAGGCAAAAAGAAACUGCUGAUGAUACCCACAGGUCCUCAAAUGUCAACAUUUUGCGUGAUGCUGCUGAACCCGGUGGCCAGGAUCCUUCUGAAGAGGGGCUGUUUGAGGAGGUUCCUGUGGUGUUUGAGGAGCUCCCGGUGGUGUUUGAGGAUGUGGCGGUGUAUUUCACCCGGGAGGAGUGGGGCAUGCUAGUCAAGCGGCAGAAGGAGCUGUACAGAGACGUGAUGCGGAUGAAUUAUGAGCUGUUGGCUUCCCUGGGGAAGAAGAAGAUGGUGGCCAUAAGAGAGGCAGACACACAAGCCUUGGCUGUAGAAUCUGCAGUGCUUCCAGCAACUUCUAUGGAGACCUGUAGCUCCUACUGCAAUUCCAGCCUUUGUGAAGUUGAAGUAGAUGGCCCUAGGAAAAUCAAGAGGACUUACAGACCCCGUUCCAUUCAGAGAUCAUGGUUUGGGCAGUUCCCAUGGUUAGUAAUUGACCCAAAGGAGACCAAGCUCUUCUGCUCAGCUUGCAAAGAAAGACCGAAUCUCCACGACAAAUCGUCCCGGUUAGUCCGAGGUUACACGGGGCCUUUUAAAGUGGAGACUUUAAAAUACCAUGAGGUCAGCAAAGCACACAAGCUCUGUGUCAACACUGUUGAAAUCAAGGAAGACGCCCCUCUGGCUGCCCUGGUCCCAGAGAUCUCCAGCGACCUGAUGGCGAACAUGGAGCACUUCUUCAACGCCGCCUACUCCAUUGCGUACCACUCGAGGCCUCUGAAUGACUUUGAGAAGAUCCUGGAACUCCUCCAAAGUACCGGGACCAUGAUUUUGGGCAAGUACCGAAAUCGCACCGCAUGCACUCAGUUCAUCAAGUACAUCUCUGAGACCCUGAAGAAGGAGAUCCUCGAGGAUGUCCGGAACUCCCCUUGCGUGAGCGUGUUGCUGGACAGCUCCACAGACGCCUCGGACCAGUCCUGUGUGGGGAUUUAUGUCCGCUACUUUAAGGGGAUAGAUGUGAAAGAGUCCUACAUCACCUUGGCCCCUCUCUACAGUGAGACGGUGGAUGGCUACUUUGAGACUAUCAUCUCUGCCCUGGAUGAACUGGACAUCCCCUUCCGGAAGCCCGGUUGGGUGGUGGGCCUGGGAACCGACGGCUCCACCACGCUAAGCUGCAGAGGAGGCCUCGUGGAAAAGUUCCAAGAGGUCAUCCCCCAGCUGCUGCCCGUCCACUGUGUUGCCCACCGGCUGCACCUGGCUGUGGUAGACGCAUGUGGGGGCAUCGAUCUGGUGAAGAAGUGUGACCGGCACAUUCGAACGGUCUUCAAGUUUUACCAGUCCUCAAACAAAAGGCUGAAUGAGCUGCAGGAAGGCGCAGCUCCCCUGGAGCAGGAGAUCACCCGCCUCAAGGACCUGAGCGCCGUCAGGUGGGUGGCCAGCAAGAGGCGCACGCUGAACGCGCUCAUCGUGAGCUGGCCUGCCCUGGCCCGGCACCUCCAGGGCGUGGCGGAGGCUGGGGGCCAGACUGGGCACAGGGCCAAAGGCAUGCUGAAGCUGAUGAAGAGCUUCCAUUUCGUCAAGUUCUGCCACUUCCUUUUGGACUUCCUGAGCAUCUACAGGCCUCUGUCUGAGGUGUGCCAGAAGGAGAUCGUGCUGAUUACGGAGGUGAACUCCACGCUGGGACGGGCCUACGUAGCCCUGGAGACCCUCCGUCACCAGGCGGGGCCCAAAGAGGAAGAGUUCAACGCCGGCUUCCGGGAUGGGCGGCUCCACGGCAUCUUCCUGGACAGAAUGGAGAUGGCGGAACAGCGCUUCCAGGCGGACCGGGAAAGGAUGAUCCUGACUGGGAUCGAGUACCUCCAGCAGAGGUUUGACACGGCCCGGCCCCCACAGCUCAAGAACAUGGAGGUGUUCGACACCACGGCCUGGCCAAGUGGGAUGGAACUGGCCAGUUUUGGGAACGACGAUAUUCUUGCCCUGGCCAGAUACUUUGAGCUCUCGCUCCCUGCAGGAUACAGCGAGGAGGCACUCCUGGAGGAGUGGCUGGGCCUGAAAGCCAUGGGCAGGAACCUCCCGUUCUCCAUGCUGUGUAAGAACACGCUGGCCCAGCACUACCGCUUCCCGCUGCUGAGCAGGCUCGUGGCGGUGGUGGUGUGCGUGCCCGUCUCCGCCUCCUGCUGUGAGCGGGGCUUCAGUGCCAUGAGCCGGAUCAGGACUGAGGAGAGGACCAAGCUCUCCAACGAGGUGAUCAACAUGCUCAUGAUGACAGCGGUGAACGGGGUGGCAGUCACGGAGUACGACCCCCAGCCUGCCAUCCAGCACUGGUACCUGACCUCCUCGGGCCGGCGGUUCAGCCACGUCUGCGCAUGUGCCCAAACGCCGCCCCGCGCCCAGGCACGAGCAGGGCUCAGGAAGGAGAAGAUGGGGGCGCUCUUUAUGGAGGAGGCUGUGACCCAGAAGCCACCCAUUCCAUCCUACAGGGAGCCAGUGAAGAUCCUGAAGGACUGCAUCAUGGACCCUCCCGACAGACUCCUGUACCCCCAUACCAGCCAAGAGGCCCCCGAGCUGUCCUGA